UCAAUAACAAUUACUAACAAGAAUAAAAUGAAAAAAAAAUGCAUCGAAUUUCAAAAAUGACAAAUAAUUUGAGACAACUAUUCUUUAUUCAUGACGGAUAAUUUGAGGCCUGAUGAAGUAUUAAAUAUAAAUAAUAACUUGCUAUAACAUCUUGAACUAUAACUAAAAUAUCUGUCAGUAUUGUUUUAAGAAAAUAUUACUAUUUCUUCAAAAAAAAAAAAUAUAUAUAUAUAUAUAUAUUUUACUAUAAUCUAUUCUUAACCAUAGUCGGUUGAUUAGAUAUUUGACAUUAAAUAACAAUCUUGAUCCCACAAUAAUCCUGUCAUAUCCUCACAUAUUUCGACACCCACCGAUCAACAGCCCUCAAACUUUACCACACCAAAAAAAAAUUAAAAAAAAUGAAAGUUGCAUGCUUUAUAAGCAACAAAAUCCAUUUUUAAAAAAUUGGUUACAUCAUUCACAUUACAUACACAUUUCUUUUUCUUAACACCAAACUCUGUUUUACAAACAAACAAAAAAAGCAAUUCAAGAAUCAAACACAGAAAGAAAAACAUGGCUACUGCUAAGUUUCUUUCAUUUGCAUGCCUAAGAAAUAAAACCAAUUAUGGAGAUUUUUCACCAAAACCACAUUAUCCAUCAAUGCCAAAAUACCCAAAGGGUGUUUCUAUAUCUUCUAAUGAAGAGAAAAAGGCAAUUUAUUCAGUUAAUGGUAUGAGUUGUUCUGCAUGUGCUGGAUCUGUAGAAAAGGCAAUAAAGAGACUAACUGGGAUUAAAGAAGCUGUUGUUGAUGUUUUGAAUAAUAGAGCUCAAGUUAUUUUUUACCCUACAUUUGUCAAUGAGGAAACAAUCCGUGAGACAAUAGAAGAUGUUGGAUUCCAGGCUAAGUUGAUUACAGAGGAGACAAAUGAGAAAACUUCCCAAGUGUGCCGGAUACGUAUAAAAGGAAUGACCUGCACUUCAUGCUCCACAACUGUUGAAUCUUCUUUGCAAUCGAUCCCAGGCGUACAGAAAGCACGAGUUGCAUUAGCAACCGAAGAGGCCGAAAUCCAAUAUGAUCCGCGGAUAACAACUUACAAUCAGCUUUUAGAAGCCAUAGAAUAUACCGGAUUUGAAGCCAUAUUAAUUAGGACAGGAGAAGAUAGGAGUAAAAUAUUGCUGAAAGUUGAUGGAGCACACACUGAUAAUUCCAUGAGAAUCAUUGAAAAUUCUCUUAGAGCACUCCCAGGUGUUGAAGAUGUUGAUAUUGAUCCUGAGCUGAAGAAGUUAUCCGUUUCUUAUCAAUCAGAUACAAUAGGACCUAGAAAGUUUAUUCAAGUAAUCGAGUCAACAGGUUCUGGACGGUUCAAGGCAACGAUAUUUUCGGAAGGAGAUGGGAAACAAUCUCAUAGACACGAGGAAAUCAAAUACUGUCAUCGAUCCUUUCUCUGGAGCUUGGUUUUUACGAUUCCUGUAUUCUUGACUUCCAUGGUCUUCAUGUAUAUUCCUGGUCUGAAGGAAGGAUUGGAUAUUAAAGUUGUGAACAUGCUUAGUAUUGGAGAGAGUUUGCGGUGGGUGCUUUCUACUCCCGUGCAAUUCAUCAUUGGUCGACGUUUCUACUCCGGUUCUUACAAAGCACUACGUCAUGGUUCUGCAAAUAUGGAUGUUUUAAUUGCUUUGGGAACAAAUGCCGCCUACUUUUAUUACUCGGUGUUGAGAGCUGCUACUUCUCCAAGGUUCAAGUCUACUGAUGUUUUCGAGACCAGCUUAAUGCUCAUUUCUUUCAUUUUACUUGGGAAGUAUCUUGAAGUUUUGGCCAAAGGAAAAACAUCUGAGGCCAUUGCUAAACUCAUGAACUUGACCCCUGAGACGGCAACAUUAUUACAGUUCGAUGACGAAGGAAAUGUGGUGAAAGAGGAAGAAAUUGAUAGCCGAUUGAUACAAAAGAACGAUGUAAUCAAAAUCCUUCCUGGUGCAAAAGUAGCCUGUGAUGGUUUUGUCAUUUGGGGUCAAAGUCAUGUCAAUGAGAGUAUGAUAACUGGAGAAUAUCGACCAGUGGCCAAAAGGAAAAGCGACAUGAUGAUUGGAGGAACUGUGAACGAGAAUGGUGUUCUCCAUGUAAGAGCAACUAGGAUUGGAUCAGAGAGUGCUCUUUCACAGAUUGUUAGGCUGGUCGAAUCAGCACAAAUGGCUAAAGCUCCUAUUCAAAAAUUUGCUGAUCGCAUUUCUAAAUAUUUUGUGCCACUAGUUAUUAUUCUCUCUGUUUCCACUGGGCUCGCUUGGUUUUUAGCUGGGAAGUACGACGGCUAUCCUAAAUCAUGGAUUCCAUCUUCUAUGGAUAGCUUUCAGCUCGCCCUUCAAUUUGGUAUAUCUGUUAUGGUCAUAGCUUGCCCAUGUGCCCUUGGUCUUGCUACUCCAACUGCUGUCAUGGUUGGCACGGGAGUUGGUGCUUCUCGAGGUGUCCUGAUUAAAGGUGGCCAGGCUUUGGAAAGUGCACAACAGGUGAACUGCAUAGUGUUUGAUAAGACCGGGACUCUCACAAUGGGCAAACCAGUUGUUGUAAACACAAAGCUUUUCAAAUCUAUGGUACUUCGAGAAUUUUACGAAUUGGUUGCAGCAGCAGAGCUAAAUAGUGAGCACCCCUUGGCCAAGGCAGUUGUUGAAUACGCUAAAAAUUUUAGAGAGGACAAGGAGAACCCUCAGUGGCCUGAAGUCCAGGACGUUGAGUCUAUAACCGGCCAUGGUGUGAAGGCUACUGUCCAUAACAAGAUAUUAAUAGUUGGAAACAAGAGCUUGAUGUUGGAUCAAGGCAUUUCCGUUCCAGUUGAUGCAGACGAAAUACUAGGAGAAGCAGAAGAAUUGGCUCAAACUGGAAUUCUUGUAUCAAUUGAUGGUGUACUGAGUGGAGUUGUUGCUAUAUCAGAUCCAGUGAAGCCUGGAGCUCGUGAAGUCAUUUCUCUUCUUAAGUCUAUGAAAGUUGAGAGUAAGCUAGUAACGGGUGACAAUUGGGGAACAGCUAAUGCCAUUGCCAAAGAAGUUGGAAUUAGUGAUGUUAUUGCAGAAGCAAAACCUGAAGACAAAGCCAAAAAAGUGAAGGAACUGCAGAGUUUGGGAAAAGUUGUUGCAAUGGUGGGAGAUGGAAUUAACGACUCGCCAGCGCUUGUAGCAGCUGAUGUUGGAAUGGCGAUAGGGGCAGGGACAGACAUAGCUAUUGAGGCAGCUGAUAUCGUCCUAAUGAAAAACAAUCUUGAAGAUGUCAUAACUGCUAUUGACCUUUCCAGGAAAACAUUCGGUAGAAUUCGUCUGAACUACUGUUGGGCAUUUGGCUAUAACCUUCUUGGCAUCCCAAUUGCUGCUGGAGCUCUUUUCCCGUCUACCGGAUUUCGGUUGCCACCGUGGGUGGCAGGAGCUGCAAUGGCUGCUUCUUCAGUGAGCGUUGUAUGCAGCUCUCUUUUGCUGAAGAAUUACAAGAUGCCAAAAGAGCUUGAUAAUCUUGAGAUUAGAGGCAUAACUGUUGAAUCAUAAUUUCUAUAAAUAUAUUGGAUAUCUUCUGUAAAUAUGAUGAAGGGGAGCCUUGGUGUAAAAGGUAAACGUUAUUGCCAUGUGAUCACUGAUGAGCAGGUCACGAGUUCAAGCCGCGAAAAUAGCUUCUUGCAGAAAUGCAAGACGAGGUUGUGAGCAUAUAGCGGGGGCUUAAUACCCCGGUACCCUUUUUAUGUUGCAUAUUUUAAUUAUUUUUUUCAUUAAUUGUAAAACAUGUAAAUAUGUUGAAUAAUCACAUAUGCAUGGGAAAAAAAGUGGAAACAAAUUGUACUGAAUUUCCAUGCACCAGUUGUAGGCAAGA